UCCUCCGCCCCUCCUGCAGGCCUUUGGAGGAAAGUGAAAGUGAAAGGGGGAAGAGGCGGCUUCGGAGCUGAGAAGAAGAUCGCGGAGCCAUGAAGCCCCUGUCCCUGCUCCUCGCUGUGGCUCUGGGCUCGGCGACCGCCGUCUUGGCGGGACCCGCAGUGAUAGAGUGCUGGUUCGUGGAGGAUGCGGGAGGGGGCCAGUUGUCCAAGAAACCCGCUGCACUGCUGCUGCGCCAGGGCCCGGAGAGCCCACCUCCCCGGCCGGACCUCGACCCAGAGCGCUACCUCAAAGUGCAUGACCCUGCGGGCACCCUCCUGGCCGCCUUCACGCUAUACCCGCGGGACGCCCCCGCGCCACGCUGCGAAAUGACCCACUAUGUCCCGCUCCCUGCCUCGGCGAACUGGGUCAGCGGCUUGACCCCGGAGCAGAGCUGCCCGCGGGCCCUGGAUGGGACUUGGCUCAUGGUCAGCAUGUCCAGCCCGGUCCUCAGCCUCUCCAGCCUCCUUCGACCACAGUCCAAGCCUCAGCCGGAGCCUGCUCUCAUCACCAUAGCAACAGCUGUGCUGACUGUCCUCAGUCACACCCCCACCCCUCGCAUCCUAAUGGGACAAGAUGCCCUGCUGGACUUGAGCUUUGCCUACGCGCCCCCCACCCCCAACGCUGCUACCUCUCUGGCCCCAGGUCCCCCUCCCUUUGGGCUGGAAUGGCGACGCCAGCACCUGGGUAAGGGGCACCUGAUGCUGGCUGCGACUCCUGGGCUGAGUGGGCAAAUGCCAGUUGCCCGAGAGGGGGCGGUGGCAUUUGCUGCUUGGGAUGAUGAUGAGCCCCUGGGGCCAUGGACCGGAAAUGGGACCUUCUGGCUGCCUGCAGUGCAGCCCUUCCAGGAGGGCACCUAUCUAGCUACUGUACACCUGCCAUACCUGCAAGGGCAGACCACCCUGGAGCUUGCUGUACACAAGCCCCCCAAGGUGGCCCUGACACCAGCACCUCUUAUAUGGGCUGCCCCCAGUGAGGCACCCCCGGAGCUGCUCUGCCUCGUGUCCCACUUCUACCCCUCCGAGGGCCUAGAGGUGGAGUGGGAGCUCUGGGGUGGCCCAGAGGGUCGCUUUCAGAAGGCCGAGGGGCAGAGGUGGCUCUCCGGCCUGAGUCAUCACUCAGAUGGCUCCUUGAGCCUCUCUGCACACCUGCAGCCACCCCCGGUCACCACCGGGCAGCAUGGGGCACGCUAUGCCUGUCGUGUCCACCACCCCAGCCUGCCCGCCUUGGGGCGCAGCGCCGAGGUCACCCUGCAGGUAGCUGGUCUCUCUGGGCCCUCUCUGGAGGAUGCUGUAGGCCUCUUCCUGUCUGCCUUUCUCCUCCUUGGGCUCAUCAACGUGCUGGGCUGGGCCGCUGCCUACCUGGCAACUUCCAAGGAUUCAAUGGAAAAGAAAACACAGUGAGGCCAACUCACCACCAUCCUGGGGAAGCCGCCAUCAUCUCUGGUCUGAGCCACUGUAGUAACUCCCCCAAACUGUAUACCCUUGGUUCCUGCUCCCUCCAGUCUCUCUCCAGUGAGCAGCUGCUUUCUGAAAAGACCCAA